AUGCAGCUGCCAGGCAGUGCAGGCUAUGACAAAGUUGCACAAAAAGACAGCAGCGUCCUCAGCUCAUACAGCCAUGUGAAAUUCCGGACCCUGGAAAGCUCUCAAAAGCAUUGCUGGGUUGUGAGACCCGGGGGCUCCUGCUGGGUCACGGCGGAGCGUUCACCGCUUCUUCCCCACGCGGAAACCCAGCGCCUCGCAGCCGGCGGGACGCGGCACCGUUCCGGGACGAGACCCACCGAAGACUCCCGAGGCCUUCACGUCCAGCCGGUGACCUGCUCCGAUCUUCAGCUCCCUGAACCGCGGGCCUCGGACUGCAACGGAGACGGUGUCGGGGCCGGUGCCCGCGGGCGCUGGGGUCUCUCCGAGCCGGUCCCUCACCCCCUGCUCCCCGCAGGCAGAGCCUGGCUGGGCCGCGCCGAGCCGCCGGCCCGGGGUGGCCGCAGCGGGGAGGAGGAGGAGGAGGAGGAGGAGGAGGAGGAAGGGUGCUACCAGCUGUACCCCGGGCACAUCCCCACCAGCCCGCUGCAGAAAGCGCUGCUGGCUGCCGGCUCGGCCUUCAUGGCUCUCUAUGACCCCUACAGACACGACAUGGUAGCAGUCCUCGGGGAGACCACAGGCUGCCUGGCCCUGCCCAGCCUGCGAGACAAGAUGAAACACCACCCUGAAGGUUACCGCAUCCUCCAGGAACGGCCUCGCAUCCGUCUCUCCACCCUGGAUAUGUCCAAGCUGCAGGGGCUGCCGGACGGCUCGCUGGGCCGAGAGUACGUCCGGUUCUUGGAGGACAACAAGGUUUCUCCAGACACCCGGAUGCCACCCAAGUUUGUUGAUGAUGAAGAGCUGGCGUAUGUGAUCCAGCGGUACCGGGAAGUCCAUGACCUGAUGCACACCCUCCUGGGCAUGCCAACCAACAUGCUAGGUGAGGUCGUGGUGAAGUGGUUCGAAGCUGUCCAGACGGGGCUGCCCAUGUGUGUCCUGGGAGCAGCGUUCGGCCCCGUCCGUCUCAGUGCACGAAAACUGCAGGUCCUGGCCACUGAGCUGAUUCCCUGGGCGAUUCGGAGCGGGCGCAAUGCCAACUGUAUCCUGAACAUCUACUACGAGCAGCGCUGGGAGCAGCCAGUGGAGUCCCUGCGGGAGGAGAUCGGCAUCUUCCCUCCCCCGGCCAUUCGAGUGUGAGAGCUCAAGUCUGGGGAGGGGACAGGGAAUCCCCAUUGGCAGACAGCAGCUGUCCCCAGCCACGCUGCAUCUCCUGCCCAGGAGCACAAUGUGGCUCUGCUAGCAGCCACCACAGACCCAAGGGCUGAGUUUUCUCCUGCCAAGAGCUGGCACCCUCCUGUUGGUAGAGGACAAGUGGCACCUCCCUGUGCCAUGACAAAACUUGACCCUUUUUGCUGUUUGUGAUUCAGUGGAGGGAUGGCAAGACCCGCCAUGCCUUUGCCAGCUGGGUCUGGCUGCUUGGGUACCCCCCAGCAACAGCGCUUCAGUAGUGAUUCUCUGAAAUGCUGGGAUGGGAAGGGAGCAGAGCUGGUUUACAACACACUGCAACAAACUGCUUCCUCAGCCUUCUGCAGCUCUGGGGCUGUGGAGGUAAAUCCCUUCUCCCACCCUCCCUGGAAAGGUUGAAGCUUGAAGUCUUGGGGCCACCCUGGACUGAAGCUAAACUACUGAUUCAUAGAGCAGCCCAGGGGCAGGUUUGGUAUGUGCAACAGUGAAAUCCCUUCUUGUACUGGUGCCUAACUGGUCUCCUGAUGGGUCAUGUGGAAUGUGCCUCAUGCCUUGGAGACCAGGCGGUGUGCAAUUGCAUGCCCAUGGGAGCAGGCAGGGAAAUACCUUUCGAUAUUAUCCCUGCUGGAUUGGCUGUUUGAGAGCUGAUCCCAGUCUGCUGUGUCUCCCUGUAGUCCUUCCCCAUCAAAAAUGCUGAAAUCCACGUGAUUGCGCUUGUUUUUCAAGAGGAACCAUUCCCUCCUUGGGCAACAAAAUUACGUGAUCGGGAAUAAGGGGCUGAAUCCUGAGAGUGCAGAAACGGCGGCUGCUUGCUCUGCAUCUGGGAGCUGAUUGCUGUCUGGGUUAAUUAAACAGGGCUCCAGACUGCCAGGAGCUGGAGAGCAGAGCUGUCGGAUGCGAGGGCAGAGCCACAAGGCCAGGAGCUCUUUGUAUGUGUGGGUUUGCUGUUGAAAUUCCUUCUUGCUUAAUAAAAUCCACGGUAGAGCUUGUGGUUUGUUACC